GUCAAGUUUGGAUAUCUACGGAACGAGGUGCUCAGCUCGUGCUUGAUGAGGAGAGUAACCCCAGUACAAAUGGCUGUUAUCGUGAUUAUUUUACCAGUCCUGAUCAUAGCGAGAACAGUUGUAGGAUUUGGAAUAGACCCUGAGUUACAAAUUGAUUUCAUCAACGAAUUGGACUUGGCUAACGCAACAUACGGAAUAUCCCAAAUUGCAGGACUUCACAACAGCAGCAAAGCCUUCCUCUUUAGAGAUACACAAAGAGCUGUCCAUGCUCCAUCACAAAUCACAGACAAGGUUCUGGAGCUCUUCAGGACCAAGAACGAGUUCACCUUCAUGGCUUCUAUCCAGCAGAAGGCCUCCACCUCUGGAGUGCUCUUUUCCAUCCAUGAGUCUGAGCACAGUUACUUUGAACUUGAGAGCAGUGGGCUUCGUGAGGAGAUCCACUACCACUACCGCCACAAGGGGAUGCAGCGGUCUGAGACGUUUCCUUACAGACUCGCUGAUGGGCAGUGGCACAAGAUUGCUCUGUCCGUUAGUGCGUCUCACCUACUGCUUCACGUGGACUGUAAUAGGAUAUAUGAGAGGGUGAUAGACUCUCCUCAAAUGGAUUUGACGGCAGGCAGUGGAAUAUGGCUUGGCCAGCACAGCCACAGACAUGGCCUCUUCAAGGGUAUCAUGCAAGAUGUCAGAUUUGUUUUUGCUCCAAAUGGUUACAUCUUGCAGUGUCCCAACCUCAAUCGCACUUGCCCAACAUGCAGUGACUUCCUCAGCCUUGUACAAGGGAUCAUGGACCUUCAGGAGCUUUUGGCUAAGAUGACAUUAAAGUUGAACUAUGCUGAGUCCAGGCUGAGUCAGUUGGAAGGUUGUCACUGUGAGAGGACCUGCAGUGUGAAUGAUGUGGUGUAUCGAGAUAAAGAGCUCUGGACCGAGCCAGAGAACUGCAGGACCUGUGCCUGCAUGAACGGCAUUGUAGAGUGCCGGAGAAUCUUCUGUCCCCCUGCGAACUGCUCCGAGGACCAGCUCCCAGUGCAUAUAGAUGGAACGUGUUGUAAGAUGUGCCGACCUAAAUGCACCUACAUGGACCAAAGUCUUUCAGAGGGUCAGCGCAUAUUGCAACAGAUCUGCAGUGAGUGCAAGAAUGGACUGAUGGUACCAGUGUCAGAAAGUUGCCUCAGUCUCAACUGCACAGAAAAGGACCAGAUUUUACCAGAGAACAGGUGCUGCAAUGUCUGCAGAGGCUAUGAUUUCUGUGCAGAGGGAGUGCUCUGUGGGGAAAACUCUGUUUGCCAGAACAGGAACAGCAAAGCAGAGUGCGAGUGCAAGAGUGGCUAUGCUUCUAUCCAUGGAGAUUCCACUUACUGUGAAGACAUUGAUGAGUGUUCCACCCAGAUGCAUUACUGCCAGGCCAACACAGUGUGUGUUAACCUACUUGGAGGCCAUCGCUGUGACUGCCUUCCAGGUUUUACCAGAGUGGACGAUUUCUCUUGCACAGAACAUGACGAGUGUGCCAGUGGGCAGAGUUCAUGUGAUGAGAACGCCAUCUGCACUAACACCAUUCGUGGCCACCUGUGCACCUGUAAGCCGGGCUAUGUGGGGAAUGGUACCAUCUGCAGAGCAUUCUGCGAGGAAGGCUGUCGCAGUGGAGGAACGUGCGUCUCACCCAACACCUGUGUCUGUCCAUCAGGCUUCACGGGACGACUGUGUGAGACAGACAUCGAUGAGUGUGCCGAGGGUCUCAUCCAGUGUCACAACCACUCUCGCUGUGUCAACCUCCCAGGCUGGUACCACUGCCAGUGUCGGAGCGGUUUCCACGACAACGGGUCUUACCUGCUCGACGGGAGCUCCUGUGUGGAUGUUGAUGAAUGUGCAAAACAGACCCACACAUGCUGGAAUGACUCUGCGUGUGUGAACCUUCCUGGGUCCUUUGACUGUGUUUGCAUUACGGGCCCAGAAUGCAGUGGGGACUGUGUUCAGGGGGGUGGCCUAAAGCACAAUGGAGAAGAAUGGGGCCUCAGCCAAGACCCCUGCUCUGGAUGCACCUGCAAGGAUGGCAGAGUUUUCUGUAGGCGGAGGGUGUGCACAUGUGACAACCCUGCCGUGGACUUGUCCUGCUGUCCGGAGUGUGACGCGCGUGAGAGCAGUCAGUGUCUGCAUCAGAGUGGCCACACACUUUACCAAAGUGGAGAUGCCUGGAUCUAUAACUGCCAGCAGUGCCGAUGCCUGGAGGGCGAGGUUGAAUGCUGGCGCCUGGCCUGCCCUGUCUUGCCAUGCGAGUACACUGCUGUUUUGGAUGGCGAGUGUUGCCCUCGCUGUGUCACUGACCCCUGCCUGGCUGAUAAUGUGCCCUACGACAUCCGGCAGACGUGCCACGACCCGACGGGCAUUACCCGCCUAAGUGGAGCUGUCUGGAACGUGCCCACUUCGCCCUGCACUAUCUGCAAAUGCAAGAACGGGAGCAUCUGCUGCUCUGUGGAGCUGGACUGUCUCCAGAACAUCUAGCCAGCACGUUCGGCUCUUCACCCCACUCCGCUCCGUCUGAACUGGAUGGAUCAUCUGAAGCCAGGAGAUUUUUGUUUUGUUUUGUUUUCCCCAUCCCCCACCCCCUCCUAGACCCUGUGGCUGCCAGUGAGAUUUACCCCCUUCACCCUGACCCAUGCUUUUUUACUUCUUUUCUCCAUUUUGAGCUGGACCUGGACUGUUGCCAGAGGCUUUACAGGAGUCAAGACAGUGGGCUUUGAACUGAAACAUGCAGACUGAAGAGAAUCUUAUUAUUCCAGGAUACCCAUGGGCAACCACGCCUUUCUCCAUCUGUGUGUGCGUGUGCAUGCAUUUGUGUGUGUGUGUGUG